UAGUUAGCUUCCACUUCCUAAUUAGAAUAAAUAAUUUAAAUAUUGGGAAGACGGAAAUUGAAUCGGACUUAGUACGCAGGGGGAGUUGCCGCCUCUCCCCGGCGUGUGGGGCACCGCGUUUUCUGCCUCUUUAUUUCUCUUCUGUGGAUUCUCGAGUACUCCACGCACGCCCAAGGGCGAAGAUGGCCGCUUCGCUUCCACUGCCGCUAUGUGCCCUUUUUCUCUUGUCUUCCUCACUCUCGUCUUCCAUCAUCGUCCUUUCUCGUGCAGCAGCCUACGAAACAACCACGCUGAAAGGAAUGCUUCACUUGGACGCUGUGAUUGCGAGAAAGAAGAGUGGAAAACGUUUCAAAAUGCUCAAUGGAGUUCAGUCAUGUCUCCUUAUCAGGAGAGAUUUAUUGAUGUGAAGACCACUGGAGGAAUAUCUGGUGGUGGUAUCACUGUCCAGCUUAAAGAAGAAUCACAACGGUGGCGUCUCUUGUGUCUGGCAGUGGGAUUCAUAUUGCUAUUGCUUGCACCAAUUGUCAGCAGCUGGGUUCCUUUCUAUUAUAGCACCUCAAUGGCUAUUGGCAUUUUCCUUGUCAUCAUCAUUCUUCUAUUUCAGGGCAUGAAAUUACUGCCGACUGGAAGGAAAAACAUCAUGUAUCUCUCAAUAUAUGGAUCAGUGCUUGGGGUUGGCACCUUCAUUUUGCAUCACAUAUCAGAGCUCAUCAAAUCUAUUCUUCUUAAUUUUGGGCUUGAUGAGGAGAUGCACAAUCCAGUCUACAUAUUUGUAUUAGUAGGCAUUGUGCUUGCAGGAGCAGGAUUAGGGUAUUGGAUGGUUAGAAAGUUUGUUGUUGCAAAAGAUGGAAGUGUGGACCGUGGUGUAGCAGAGUUUGUUAAAUGGGCUAUUCGAGCGAUUGCAACCACCUUUAUCUUCCAGAGCACACCUGAUCCUCCAUUAGCUUUGCUUACCGUGGUCUUAUCGUACACCAUAUCUUUCCUUAUCAUGAAGUGGCUAAGGCAACCUAGGUAUGAGUCAGGGACGGCUGCAGGAAAGCAGGGCCGUGCUGAAUUCUACAGCAGAUCAGCUGCAUCAGCAGCUAAAAAGAGCCCUGGAGGGAGAAUGCCAGGUGCUUGGAUGAACUCCCCAGUCAAAGGUUUGGUGACAUCAUCAUCUGCUGCUCGUGCGCAGCAUGGCAGCACUGUGAUGGACCAGGAUUAUUACUCGACCUUCCAUAAAACAGCAAAGAGGAAGAAGUUCACAAAGGAAGAAUGGGAUGAGUUCACACGGGAGUCAACGAAGGAAGCAAUGAGAGAAUGGGCAUCAUCUCCUGAAGUGGCCAGUUGGCUGAUCAACAAUGCUGACCGAAUUCAACUCCUUCCAAGCGAUUGCAGUUCGGACGAAGAGGCAUCUGGCACUGACAGUGAGACUGACUCAAUUGAGGAGAAUGGAUCGAGUAACCAGGGUGGUAAAGGGCUUAGCUCUUUAUUCAGCUGGUGAGGAUAAUAGAGAAAGGAGACUGUGGAUCAUGGCGACGAUAUUUGAGGUUUUUUCUGUUGCAGAUUGUUGAUCUGAAAAGAAAUUCAAACACAGACGUGGCAGAAUUGAAGACAGAAUAUAUCCCCUAUGUCUCCCAACUCUCCACGUGCCACUGUCUGAGUGGUUCACAGAAUCCACUUGCCUCCCCAAAAUCCAUUUCCAUCACGGAUUUCUGCAUUCCUCAAAGCUUUCUCCACCACUUAAUUCCCAGCCCCACUCCCUCGCUCUUGACUCUGUCACUGUUCAGAAAACUUCACACUCAGAAACUAAAAAUCAAAGCUAGCAACCCAUGAUUCAGAAUUCCCCACGCUCACCCAAUUUCCCCGCCAUUCCAUUCCUCUUUAUUCUGCGCCCGUUCUUCUGGUUCUUCACAAACCAUCUCUCCCCACCCACUUUGAGACCACAUUUCCAUGGCGAUCCCCUGUUCUCCUGACUGGUCACUCGUCGCUUCUUCUUCUUCUUCACCUUCGCACAUCACUUGCUCCACCAAACCCAAAAGCUUCCCACCAUGUUCCAAGCCCAAGAGCUUCUUCUCUUUCCGCCCAAACUCCAACUUCCAUGUCAAAUCUUCCUGCUUCCCAUCUGCUCCAGUUCUGGCAGCAGAAGAGAAAGAAGAAGUCGAAGAAGCACCCCCAAAUCUCCGUAGCAACCACUUCCGGCUUCCAAGAGACUACAACCACCAGCAGCAGCCCUACCCGGCUUCAGAUGCAGAGAAUCUCAACGCAUUCCUUCGUGGGUUGCUUCACCAUCCCAGAACCGAAGCCUUGGCUUGCGAGCAUUACAGGAAAGCCAAGGAAAACCCACGAUUCAAGCCAGAUAAGUCCGUCGUCAAGCUUCUGGUGAAGUACCUGGUCCGAACCAAGAACUGGGAUCGUUUGCUUCUGCUGCUUUCAGACGAUUUCAGGAGGUACGGUACUCUCCCCGACGCUUACACUUGCUCUACAUUGGUUGAGAACUGUAUCCGAGCUAGGAAAUUCAGAAUUUGCGAACGGUUCCUCGCGAUUUUCCAAUCCAACCCUAAGGUCUCUGUUUUAGCUUUCAAUUCCGCCGUGAAAGGUUACAACAAGCUGCACAUGUACAGCAGCGCGAUUCGAUUGCAUGGUAAAAUGAAAUCUUCUGGAAUCGGUUUGAAUUCUGGCUGCUAUUACCAGGCAAUGAAGGCACACCAGAAAUUGGGCAAUGUAGAGAAAGUGGUUGCCUUGUUUCACGAGUUUGAAUCUGAAGAGCUCGACCCGAAACUAGAAGUGCUGACCAAAAUUUACAGAGUAUUGAUUGAGUCAUUAGCCAAAUCAGGUAGAGCUUCGGAAGCUCUCGGUUACUUGAGAAGGAAUAAGAAGGAAGAUGGUUUGCUUGUAGAGGAUCCCAAAAUCUACUCUUCGUUAAUCUGCUCAUUUGCCGACUCCAAUCAAGCUCGAGAAGCUGAAGAGCUAUUUCACGAAGCGAUAGAGAAGAAUGCAUUGCGAGACCCAGAGGCAUUCUCGAAGCUCAUCUCGAUGUAUAUUGAGCGAGGCCAGGUGGAGAAGACCCUCGAUGUUGUCAGCAACAUGAGCCACGAUGCAAACCUCAAGGUUACUGAUUGCGUGUUCUGUACGGUGCUGAACGGUUUCGCCAAAAGGAGAGGCUUUUCUGCUGCAAUCAAAGUGUACGAGGAGAUGACAACCAAAGGGUACGAGCCAGGACAGGUGACCUAUGCAUCAGCGAUCAAUGCAUACUACCGUGUGGCAAACUAUCGCACAGCAGACAAGGUGUUUGCAGAGAUGCGUGAGAAGGGUUUCGACAGGUGCCUUGUGGCGUACUCCACCGUGAUCGCGAUGUACGGGAAGAUGGGUAGAGUUGGGGAUGCAAUGCGGCUGUUGGGAGAAAUGAAGGAGAGGAAGUGCAAGCCCAACAUAUGGGUGUACAAUUGUUUGCUUGAGAUGCACGGUAGGGCGAUGAAUGUGAGGCAGGUGGAGAAGAUAUGGAGCGAGAUCAAGAGGAAGGGAGUCGGACCCGACAAGGUGAGCUACACCAGCCUCGUGAGCGCAUACAAUAAGGCAAAGGACUUCGACAAGUGUGUUGAGUAUUUCGAGGAGUACAGGACAGUGAUGAAUGGUGAUGGUGUGGAUAGGAAGAUGGGAGGGAUAAUGGUCGGGGUAUUCUCAAAGAUGAGUUUGAUAGAGGAGAUGGUGAAGCUGUUGAGAGACAUGGAGUCGGUUGGGACUGGUUUGGAUGCGAGGCUUUAUGCGACGGCUUUUAAUGCGUUGAGAGACGCUGGGCUCGAGUCGCAGUCAAAAUGGUUGAAGGAGAGCUUUCAAGCUACUUGA